AUGUCUAACCAGGUCAUCAUCACCGCUGGUCCCUACCAGUUCCUGGCCGUCUUUGAAUCCGAUGCUCCGAAGACGGUUCAGAUGUUUCGGGACUUGAUGCCGUACCGACAACAGCUGAUUCACGUACGAUGGAGCGGCGAGGGUCUCUGGGUGCCGCUCGGAGAAAAGGAUUUCGGAUUAUCCUUUGAGAAUCACACGUCACACCCCUCUUCGGGACAAAUCUUGCUGUAUCCCGGCGGUUACUCGGAGACGGAAUUAUUAUUCUGCUACGGCGGCGUCUCGUUUGCCAGCAAAAUGGGCCCCUUGGCCGCCAAUCAUUUCCUGACCAUUGUCGAGGGCAACGAGAAUCUCAGGGCACUAGGAGAGUUGGUGCUAUGGAAAGGCGCGCAGAAUGUUUUGUUUGAGCUUGCAGAUGACAAGAAAAUCAGCGAGUUCCGUAAAGCUCGUGAAGCACCCUCUCGAGCCAAACUAUAA